AUGGCGAGUUCAGGAAGAACAGAAAGCCCGGGCUCGGGCUCCGACGAAGAGGCCGGAGCCGGACCCGGAGCCAAGGCUGCCUUCAUCGAUCCCAAAACCGUCCCCUACAAGCCCGCCGAGAUCCAAAAGAUCCUCGACGACAUUGCGCCCCGGUCCCCGCCCUGGGAGGGGAUCGGGGACCCCGCCGCCCCCGAUAUCCUCACUCGUCUGGGCCGCCAGAUGGCCCUCGCAUCGCAGGUCAGCGGCCAGGAAGACUUGAUCAUAAACCUUGAGGGAGACGUGACCCGGGCGUGGAUCCUCGGCGCGCAAAAGGUGAUGACGUACGAGCGCGAGGCGCACUGGGAGCAGAUCGUGGGGACGCUGAUGGACCGGGUGGUGAUUGGGAAUGCGGAGAUGCUUGCGCGGCAGGAGAAGGUGCUGGAUACCAUGGGGUUGAUGGCCGUGAUGCUGAGCAUGGUGACCACGCGGGGCUGCAUGUUCUGCGACGAUGAGUGGGAGCUCAGGAAGACGAAGGGGAUCACUGGCCCCGAGUUGAUGCGCCAUUUCGUCGAGGAGCACUUUAAUGCCGGAAAAGAUGCGGACGUGGACGACAUCACUGACGAACAGCUGAUGGAAAUCGAUGCGGAUGAGAUGCCAGUCCCGGUAAGAGCUGAGGGCUUCGAGACUCCCAGACACCGUCGGGAGGCAAUCCGCCACAUUAGGAACUUCCUCAUGAACGACCUGCGGCGGGCGUGCCAGCACUGCGGCGAGGACUUUGAUUUCGACUAUGCGUGGCAGUGGCAACCGGGGUACAGGAGCUACGAUCUCACGGCGCUGGUAAAUUCGCACCGGUACUAUUGCUACCACAUGAACCUGCUCGGCAGCACGUCCUAUCCAAUUUGGUUGAACAGGAUGGAUUAUAAGAAUAUCACCACGAGAUUGCCGAAGGAGCAGCCCCAGAUUUGUCUCAGUAGCCUCGAUGAGAUGAAGUCCAAGAUGUAUAGGGGCUUCGUGAGGGCUCUGGCAGGCCAGGGACGGCCGGCGAGUGGGGAUGAUGCAACGAGUAAAAAGGAGAAGAGAAAUAAUUUAAAAUCGAAAGGAAAGGGCAAGCAGAAGCCAGACGUGGAGAAUUUUGCGGCAAGGGAGAUUACGCCCCCGCUGAUGGUUUCGGAUUCGGAUUCGGAAUGCAUUGAAGAGUUUGCUGCCGCCAGAGAUGGGGACAGUGAACCACCGCUGCUACUGUCCGACGAGGACGCGGAGCCAGAGCCAACGUGGCAUAAGAAGAAGACGCGUUCACCCAAGAUCUUGCUGCCCGCACUUGAUAAUGCGCUGGCGGUGGUGGAAGCUCUGGGAUAUGGCCGACGGCAUCAUUAUCUACUCGCUAACCACUGGUCCGACGACCACCUCCUCAACUGGCUCGCCGAUCAACCGGUCACCUAUUCAAACACCACCCUCGGCGUCCACAAGGUGCCCACUAGAAAGGAAUUACUGGGGAGUUAUUCAGACGAAGUUAUCCUCCACGCACACAAUACCCGAUGGGCAUAUUGGAUGUUUCCGAUUCCGGACCGUGUGGACCCGGCCGAAAGGGACGAGCUCGGCGACGGUUCCAACCUGCUAGAAACCACAUACAUCCGCGGUGAUUCACCUGUACAGAAGAGCUUCCCCUUGCUGUCUGCGCACUUUCUCAUGCGUUACUACGCGGACCGGACCAACACCCUGCGACUGCACAGCUGGGAGAAUCUACGGCGGUUCUGGCUUGCGCUUUCGUUCCAUGUGCAGCGGUCGAGUGCCAAAGGGCGUACCUACCUUUUCUGGCACAAGGGCAUGGGCGGUAUGAAUUGGGCCCAAGACGAGGCGUCACCAGUGCCGGAUCAUAUCAGUCGGUGCUUGCGGCAUCUGCGGAUGAUCGGAUUUGCGCACGAAGCCAGUAUCUUCUACGCUGCACUCUUGGAGAUAACGGAAGACAACACGGUCCCGAGGCCCAGUAAGCGCUUCCGUGACCAAUCGGUGAUAUGGAGACGGAUCAUGACCUGGCAGAUAGAUGUCUAUUUCUUCAGGGUAUUAGAAGCUUACGUCGCAGAUAAUUAUCCCCUAUCCGAAUUGGAAGAGGAUUUGCGUGAAGGCGUUCAGCAAAGUCAAGUCCGGGAAUUUGCCAUGCUAUCACCAUUUGAGGCCUCCGCCCAUGUUGAAGAGAUCGACGCGGCGCAUGCCUGGUUUGGGACGAUGCAGGAGAGUGUCGGGAUGAAGCCUUUUGCGCGGCAACGUCCAAGGGAUCAGUGGCAGUAUGGAAUCAAAGACAUCCACGGCCCGGAUGCUAAGUCGCUGUAUGUUUACGCACCCGAUUACUGUGUCAUGAGCGGAAUGCAGCCGCCAGGCAGACAGGUUGCAAGCUGCAGGGAACCGGAGAGAGACACAAAAGACUCCGGAGAAGACACAGCAGACCCUGAGAGCAACCAUCAGGCUACAGACGAUCAAUUUGUCAGCUUCUUCUGUCUUCCCGGUACGGCCGGCCAUGGACGGACAUUAACAGAGUGGAUGGCACUCGACAGCGCUACUCUGAGGACAUCUAACGGCUGGAUUAACUGGUGGUUCCCAGCCAAUGAAUUCCCGGUCGAGACCGGUGUCUCGGACAAGCCUGGGAGCGAAUUCUUUCUGCCGAAGCUCAAAAAAUUGGAUAUCACAACGUUCCAUUCUAGGAAGCGGAAACACCUGCAGAAGCGCCUAUUCGAAGCCUGGCAGCAUUUCGUGGUCUCAUAUCUCAACCUCGAGUGGAAAGUAAGCAAAAGGGGGGUGCCAUCCAUCACCGUUGCUGAGAAGAGUCUCGCCACACCCACAAACUACCCAUGGCUCAGCAAAAAGACCAAAGGCGAAGACCACCAGCGCAUGGCGCGGGCCGUGUGCAGCAUGACGGAGUUCCGCUACUACAAGCUGGCAAAACAGCUCUGGGCUGCAGUCACCGAGGUGUGCAAUCGUGCAGCCAAAGCGAACAAGCCUACCGCCGCGUCAAAUGAGCUUUGGAAAUCGGUGCACGAUCAUUGUUUCACAGGUACGGAAGCGGAUGCGGCGGUAGAGGAUGGGCCCACCGCCAAUAUGGCCCUGAGUAUCAAGCAGAAGAUGGUCCCCCCGCUCAUGCUGGAUAGAGAUGUCCCCUGCGCAAAGAGGGUCAAGUUUGACACGCCGCCGGGUGGUGAGUCGCCUACUCUGCGAUGCUCAACCCGAAAGGUGCCGCGAGAUGAUAGCGACGAUGGGGAUACGACCGAGUCGGAGGAUGAGGAAGAGGAUGAGGAUAAGGAAGAGGAAGAGGAAGUGGAAGUGGAAGUGGAAGUGGAAGAGGAUGAGGAUGAGGAUGAGAAAGAGGAUGAGAAAGAGGAAGACGAGGAAGAGGACGAUGAGGAAGAAGUUGAAGAUGAAGGUAAAGCUGUGGAAGUGGAAGAAGAGGACGAAGAAGAAGAGGUGAGCGAUGAGGAACAACCUGAUACACGCAAAUCUCCCUCUGCUAGACCCUCCAAACGCUUGUUUUCGCAGGUUAUGAUGGCAGAUGAUGGGGACGCUAAAGACAACAGCAAGGAUGCCCAGAAGGAGAAUGAAAAUGACAGUAUGGACCUUGAUAAGAAUGAGGAAGAGGAUACUGGUGACGCCAAUAUGGAUGCGGACAAAGAAGAGGUUGCGGAACCCGAUGAGGCAAAUAAAAUGGACCUAGAUGUACCGACUAAUGCGGAAAACACGGAAGAGCCGAAAGUCAUUGUACAGGCGCCCCAAGAGGUCGUUGGCGAGCUUCUUGAAGGAAAGAAAGUUCCAGCGAUUCUGGUUGCCAGUCCCGCGGCGACUGUAGGCACCGAGGACACCAAAACGCUGAAGACGCCGACGCCGCUGAUGUUACUUCCGCCACCGAGGAUGAGCAGGAGUGUAAGCAAGCAGGAAGCGGGCCUUCAGAAGUAA